AUGACACGCCGGCCAGCUCAAUGUGUGUCGAAGAAUGAAGCGAAAGCUAUAAAAGAACUAAUAAUGGACGACCAUAGCAGCGUACUGCCCGCAGAUAAGGGACAGUCAACGGUCGUCAUUAACCGAGAAGACUACAACGAGAAAGCCAAUGUUCUGCUUGAUGAAAGAGAAUUUUACAGACCUGCACAAAGCUCAGAAGCGAAAGCAGCAGCUUCACCUAUAUCGCAAGUGGCGGCCCACACCUACGAGACGGGUCACGAGUUCAACUUCGCAGCCGCGAAGAUAAUUGCCCUCGCUGGCAGCAAGACGGGCCAAGAGCUGAUUGAAGCCUGGACAUCCGAUGACAACUCAGUUAACCGAUGUAUUGAGCUGGCGCCCGCAUAUGUUGCCCUGCGCAUGUAUCUCCAGACCCACGGUACUGGUGGUUAA